AUGGUAGAAAUAAUAGGCUUAGUCGGAGGAGAACCAUUUUAUUGUCCGUCAAAUAUUACCUACAAUUCCACCGAAUUUUAUACAGCUUGCCAGGUUCGUGCUGCAAAUUUUGUUGCCAUGUGGGUAUUUGCCUUGUUGGCAGUAAUAUUAAUGGUAACUAUUCCUGCGGGACUUUUUCCACAUGGUGACCACGAACGUGAAAUGGUCAAAGAUAAACCGAUUGAUGUUCUCGGGUUAUGGACGAAUUGUGAUCCGGUAUAUCAUGUGAAGUAA